GUGCGAGCGAACGCACACUGAGCCGUACGUGCGUGUGCGCGCCGAGAGGGACGGCGGACGCGAGAGCGGGACAGCGGCGCCAAUUACUAUCACCUGGCGGGCAGCUACCGCAUUACCCACUGCCGCCGCGCGCGCGACCACGCGCCCGCUGCACCACGCGGCUCGUACCGCUCCUGUGACGCUACUCGAGCUUGCACUUCAAUCGAUAUUCGCACCGCCGCGCGGCCGGCUACCGUCCGUCGCCUGCACCGGUGCUGCCGCCCGACAACUGCCGCUGCCACGGGAAUGCAACUGCUACUACUCAACCCUAUUGUGGGUACAGUGUUGAGCAGCGACAACAUGCGACUGUGAAGUGUGUGCGGACAGUGACACGGACAAUUAAACUAGACGUGAUUAUUUACAAGUUCAACGAACAAGAAUCAAAGUGAAAAAUGACAUCCCAAUUCGCCUUCAGAGGAUCUCCACCGAAUCAGAGCACCAUAUCGACAGCCUCCAACAGUCCGCCGCCGGCGCAAGCGGGGAUGAGCGGCGGCGGUGGAGCGAGCGGUGCGGCACGUCCCAGCUCGCCAACCGCUGCGCCGCGAUGCUGCGACACAGGCCGGCCUAUAUUUCAAGACCCGAUCACUGGCCAGACAGUGUGCUCUUGCCAGUACGAAUUCCUCAAUUACCAGAGGCUAGCGUCCGGUGUGCCGUUGUCUAUGUACAGCGCUCCCUACUCGGACGCGGCGGCGGCUACAGCCGCUGGCAUGGCAGCUUACUUCCCAGCCCUCGCAGCUGAUCAACCGCCAUUCUACCCGAACGCUGCUGCUGGUAUCGAAUUGAAGGAAAACCUGGCGGCGAGCGCAGCGAGUUGGCCUUAUCCUACAGUUUAUCACCCAUACGAUGCAGCAUUCGCUGGAUACCCUUUUAAUGGAUACGGAAUGGACCUCAAUGGGGCGCGGAGAAAAAAUGCCACUCGUGAGACAACGAGUACACUCAAAGCUUGGCUAAACGAGCACAAGAAAAAUCCUUAUCCGACGAAAGGCGAGAAGAUAAUGCUUGCGAUCAUCACGAAAAUGACACUGACACAAGUUUCCACGUGGUUUGCUAAUGCACGCCGACGCCUCAAAAAAGAAAACAAAAUGACCUGGGAACCCAGGAAUAGGGUCGACGACGACGACAAUAAUAAUGAUGACGAUGACCAUAAAAGCAACGACGGCAAGGAUGCUCUGGAUGGAAAAGAUUCGGGUACUGGUUCCAGUGAGGAUGGUGAUAGACCUCAGCAGAGGUUAGAUUUAUUGGGGCAAAGAACUGAGUCCGAGUGGUCUGAGUCAAGGGCUGACAGCGGGCCAGAAUCACCAGAACCAUACGAGAGACCGUUGCAUCCCGCGUACCAACAUCUUCCAGCUCGAGCGCCACCAGGUAGCACACCUGCGUCCGCUAAGCCAAGAAUAUGGUCACUAGCGGACAUGGCGAGCAAAGAGGGCGAGGCACCGACGCCUCCUUCUUCGGCUUCUGCGUUUUAUCAAACCGCUGCAGCGGCAGCAGCAGCGAGAUUGGCUCACCCGUAUGGCCGGCCUGAAUUGUAUCGUGGCCUUUAUCCGCCGACGCAUCCAGCUGACGUAGCUCUUUUGGAAUACUCACGGUCACUGGCAUUGUCAGCGCCAGCACCAGCCCCUCCUGCCCCGUCACCGUCCUCCUCGUCGACCUCGUCACUGGCUGAACCGCCGCUACCGCCGCGUGCCUGACCGCCAGUUCCUCGCCCGCCGCUGGCGCAUCGACAAUAACCGCGAUCUCGCCCGACGAGUGCCGCGAGGGCCUUCUCACUUGUAAAUAGUGAUUUAUAAAAUAUAUAAAUAUGUAUACAUACGUAUAUAUACGUGAUAAUUAUUAUGCACCGGUAGAAAGCUUAGAUUUGUGAUAGUGGACACAUGAGCGCGGUGCACGCAUGCCGGAGCACCGCCUGCCGUGAGGUUGACAUCUCGCAAACGACGUUGGCGCUGCGCUCGCGCCGACCGACCGACAAUACUAGGUGCUAAUACAAGUUGGACCUUGCGACAUAUUGAUGUAGUUCUUAUUGAAAGUGGUUAAAUGAAGUGAUUUAACUGAAAUAUAGGUAUUAAUAUGUGUUAUGUUUCUAUAGAAAAACAACACUGUUUUUAGAUUUAUUAUUUGUAUGUAGAUUGUAAAUUAUUUGAGAAUAUCAUUUUUAUAUUUAGUGCCUAACUACGUCCAGUGUUUUCUAUUGUUUGAUAGUUUCCUGAGUAUAUCUGUCAAUCGAAUUUUAAUAUUUAUUCAUACGAGGUCAGUAGUUUUAACAAGCUUCUGUGUAAGUUUAAGUCUACAAAUUAUCAAUACCAGAUUUGUUAAUGAUGAUGAAAAAUCUGUACAUUUUCUAGUCAGAAGACUACGUUUGUCUGUGUUAAACAUUAUAUGCCUUAUUUUUUCAUGUAUCAUUAAAAUCAUUUAAUAGACCUAAACUAUACGACUUUAAUAACUAUAGUUAUUGAGAGUCUGGGUCAUAUUACAGGGCUGGGCAUAAAAUUACUUCACAACAAUAUUUAUGAAUUGAACUAACCAUAUUCACGGUUUUUUUCCACAAAUAAUAUAUUUAUUUCAGUAUCCAAGGUAAAAUAUCACCCAUUCAUUGAAGUUUUUCCUCGAUACUGAAAACUAUUUCUAUUUCGUCACAAAAGAUUAUUCAGAUUUUGGGACCAACAUGCAACGUUUAUUAUCCAACAAAUUAAUUAGAUCAAAUUAUCGAAAUCUGUAAAUCUACUAUUACAAAGUUUUCAUUUAAGGCUGGUUAUAUAAUCAUGCUUAUUUUCAGCACGGCUGGUAAGAGGGCAGAUAACCCCCAUGUCCGCGCGAGACCUACCUAAGAGACUAUAUAAUGUAACAUAAAGCACACUAGAAGACCGGUCACCGAAUAGAAAGAAUUUCAUAUGUUGAUCUUUGUGCCUGCAGAUAGAUAUCGUAAACAUUUUAGGUUUACUUUAGUAUGACAAAAUUGGCUCGAUGCAUGUGUGCGAGCGCAAUAGCCAUAUAUUUGCGCACGAGUGAAAGAGAUAUUAAUGCCAGGUCAUUGUACGAAUUUCUCUCUGAUCCGCGACCGGACUUCUAGUCAAAGUGACAUCUCGCCCACGCGGGGUAGAAUAUUCUCGCAAGUUCAGGCCCGUUCUCGCGAGUAGGUUUACAAUCUAACAAUGCAAGACGCGCGACAGUAUCCAAACGAUGCGGGCUGGCAUAAGCUUGACUAUAGAAGCAGCCAAAAUGACAUACGAUGACGUGCCGGUCCUGUAUAUAUUUUGAAGAGGUUGACCCAAUAUUGUCACUUAGAAGCAAUUUCAAAUGACAUUAAAAAGUCUAAGAUGGCCUUGUAUAGUUGUAAAAGUUAAAUGUAAAUUUAAAAUAUAAUCAUGAUUCGUUUUCUCAACAUUGUACAUUUUUUUUCCAAUAUUGUAGAGACUGAAAGUCCAAAAUUGAGUCUAUAGUUUUGUACAUACGUCACUGUUGUAACUAUAUAUAUUGUAAUGAUAACGUGGAUAUUUAAGAAAGGUAAAAUGCAAUAAAUUUUCUGUAUUAGAAGUCCAUUGAUGUAAAUAAUAUACGGAUGAGAGACGUUAAUUCGUGUUAUACAUACAACGAAAUUGUAAUUCUUAUAGUUUCCUUCCAAAAAAUAAGAUUAAAGUUUAUGGCCGUUUUAGCUAGAUACCGAAUUGUCAUUAUAACUUGAACAUUUUGUAGAUGCUCAAAAGAGUCUUUGUUUUAUUUUUAAUAAAAUAUCGUUCCUGUUCCCAUUAUUUGUAUUUAUUUCUUAGUGACUUGUAUUGUUCUUGACAUCACAAACGUCUUUUGACCGUUUACGGAAAGGUGUGUGAAUAGAUGCAAUAAAAUUUAAUACAGAAAUAAUAAUCG